GCCGGGAGUCGAGUCGAGACUCGAGAAUUAAAAUAAAUGUCAUUGUCAAUUAUAAAAUUUAGGUGAAAAUAAACAAAUUUGUUGUUAUUUUCGGCACAUAUUUCUAUAACUAUUUAUAAAUGAAGCUCUAUAAACCCAGCUGGGUCAAUCAUGAUGAGAAGCCAAUAUUUUCGGUGGACAUCCAUCCAACUGGUAAACGCUUUGCCACUGGCGGGCAAGGAGAAGACUCUGGAAGAGUUGUGGUUUGGAAUUUUAACUCUGUACUAUUCGAAGAAGUGGAAUGGGAUUCAAAUGUUCCGAAAAUGCUAUGUCAAAUGGAUAACCAUUUAGCAUGUGUAAAUUGUGUGCGAUGGAGUAACGGAGGUCGAUACCUGGCAUCUGGUGGUGAUGACAGCUUAGUUAUGGUAUGGGGACUUAGCGUAGCUGCGGGAGCCACCGGUAAACACAAAGCUGAAACUUGGAGGUGCUUGACAACGUUAAGAGGACAUGCAGGAGAUGUUCUGGAUCUUGCGUGGUCACCAUUAGACAAGUGGUUAGCGAGCUGCAGCGUUGACAACACAAUAAUCAUUUGGAAUGCUGAAAAGUUCCCAGAAAUGGUGUGUGUGUUGAAUGGCCACACGGGCUUAGUGAAAGGAGUUGCUUGGGAUCCUGUGGGAAAAUAUUUAGCAUCUCAAUCCGAUGAUAAAUCUCUAAGAGUCUGGAAGACAGCCGAUUGGGCAUCGCAAGCAGUGAUUACGGAAUCUUUUGAAGAAUGUGGAGGUACAACUCACGUCCUACGUCUGUCGUGGUCGCCGGACGGUCAGUACGUGCUGUCCGCGCACGCCAUGAACGGGGGGGGGCCCACGGCGCAGGUGGUGGAGCGAGACAGCUGGCGCUGUGACAAGGACUUCGUGGGGCACAAGAAGGCCGUCACGUGUGCUCGCUUCAACAGCAACAUCUUCGUGAAGGACGGCAAGAAGUGCUGCUGCGCGGCGGUGGGGUCGCGCGACCGCUCGCUGUCCAUCUGGCUCACGUCGCUCAAGCGGCCGCUGGUGGUGGUGCACGAGCUGUUCAGCGACAGCGUGCUCGACCUCUCCUGGAGCUCGGACGGACUGAAACUGUUAGCCUGCAGCACAGACGGCACGGUCGCGUGCAUACAGUUCACGAAAACGGAGAUCGGCACGCCGCUCACUCUCGAGGAAAAGAAUGCCUUCUACGAGAAGAUAUAUGGGAAAUGUUUCGUGAACGAGCCCGGCGGUGAUCUCACAUCCAACUUGCUGGUGGAGUGUCCCGAGAUAUUGCUGGCUCGGGAGAAGCAAGAAGCUAAGAAGGAACCGCCAAAGGAGGAGAUCACGCCGAAGAGUGAUAAAUCACAGCCCUUCGCCCCCGCGCCGCUGCCCCCGCUGCCCCCGCGGCCCGUGGACCGGCAGAUCGAGACGCGCACGUCGGACGGCAAGCGCCGCAUCACGCCCGUGUACAUCCCGCUCACCAGCGUCGACGCCAACGAGUCUCUGGGGUCGCAGCCCGCUACGGAGAGCUGCUUCAGCACGUCCUCGCAGGGGAAGUCCCGCAUCAAGGUGGAGCGACGGGACGACAUCAUCAUACACCCCAACGUCAGCAACCACGCCACCACCAGCGUGCGGAACGACACCGGUCUGGAGCAGAGGUUGCGCAAGCGCACGGCGGCGAGUCUGCCGGGCCCCCGCGUAGACGAACUGCACGCCAAGCGCAGCUGUGCCUCUCCCACCGCGGGGGCCUCGGGGUCUCCCACCUUAAAGAACGCCGGCCCAGUUGCCCCCGCGCUGCCGGCGCCGGCGCUCGGAACCGCCGGACCGGUCGUGCGAGCCGCUGGCGUCUUGAGAUUGCAGGUUGUGAACAAAGCUUGCAACACGCACUACGGAACGUUAUCGCGACUCGAGCUUAUACCGAACAACUCGGCCUCAAACGACCCCAUCUGGGAAACUUAUUUAGGUUCCCCCGUGACGUGCAUCGCGUGCGACGCGCGCUGGGCGUGCGUGGCGUGUGCGGACGGCGCGCUGCACGUGUGGAGACUCGCACGCGCACCCGCGCGCGCACUGCCGCACCUCGCACUACCAUCUCAAGCUGCCAAAAUGACUCUGUCCGGGGAUACGCUCGCGGUGGUGACCACGUCUGCCGAGCUCGCCAUAUGGGACCUUUCCACUGCCACGUGCCUCGUGCGACCGCUUUGCUUUAGGAAUCUACUCUCGCAUGGUGUUACAGUAUCAAAUUGUUCUCUACUCGAAGACGGCAAUCCAAUGAUCUCACUCAGUAAUGGAAAAAGUUAUAUUUAUUGCAAAAAGUUAUGCGCAUGGGUGGUGUGGGCGGACGCGGGCGACCCGGUGCGGCGCGCGGGCGGCGGCGCGGGCCCGCGGGCGCCCUCGCGCACGCGCGCGCCGCACGCACACGUGCCCGCGCUGCGCACGCACCCACGUUCGAAGGCGCUGUCGGGCGCGGCUCGCAGCUGGCUGGAGGCGCAGGUGGCGGCCUGUCUGCACCUGCGUCUGCCCGCAGACUACCGGCACUGGUUCGUGGCGCUCUUCGACCACCUCGUACAUCAUGGAACCGAAGAACAGUUAAGAAACAUAUUGGAUGACUUACUAGGGCCGAGUCACUGUACGUCUACUCCUAAGAAAUGGCAAAAUACGAUUCUGGGUUUAAAGAAACACGACAUCCUAGAGGAGCUGCUGUCGCUGCUGGUGCGGCAGCUGCAGUGGCAGCGCCUGUACGCCGAGUAUGCCGACCAGCUCGGCCAGCUGGCCGGCGCCGUACUCAACGGACACUAACGCUGGGGUUCCUGUGUGUUAUGUGUAUGGUUCAUUUCAGUUGUAGUUGUCGAAGUUUUGGAAAAAUAUUCACGGACUUUGAACGGUGAUUUGAACUGAAAAAAAUGUGAUUUCAAAUUAUAAUUGGUAACUUAUUUCUCUUGGGUUAUUUAAAACACAAUGAUUCGAAAUCAUUCAGCCAGUAUUUGUGACGAAAACUCUCAAGGAUUAAAUGGAAAGUUUUAGAAUCGCAGAUGUGCUUCCGUGGCCGCGGCACUAUUUUAAAUUAGUGAAUGUAUAUAAAUGAAAUCAAUUAUUCGGAUAGGUUCAACUGUCAUUUAAUAACAAAAUGACUUCUAUAAGUGUGAACUAAAACUAAUGCCCGCUGUGUGUUGCAAUACUUCUUGGAAUAUUGUUGUAAACAUAUUUAAGCAACUUGACAUCUUAGUUACCAAGGUUGGUGGCGCAUUGGUGGUGGACACUUACCUUUUUGUAGCCCACUGACCAGUAGACCAACUGACUUAAAGUAAAAAAUACAUAUCCAGUGCAGCUCAUGUGACAAUGCCAGAAAGACUCGCUUACUUCUUCAUAAGGCUUCAACGCAAUUGGUAUAAAUCAGAUAAUGGUAGGCUAACGGCACAGAUAAAUAUACAUCCUUACAUAUAAAUUACAGUAUAUGUUAACUGCUGGUUCAGGCUGUGGAUUUUCUUAUUGAAAAUAAAAAGAUUUUGAUAUUUAGAGUUAGAUACUCUUUUUAUCCUAUUAUUUAAAUACAGAGGUGAAUUUCUUUGUUUGUUACCCCUUCACGUCUUAACUAUUCAUAGAUCAUCAUGAAAUUUUGCUAAGUAGUUAAAUGUACAAAGGGUGCCGAGGACAUAGGGUCCCGAACACCUGCCCAGACACUCAAUACGUGGGCCGUGAUCUUGCAGCCGAUAACUCGUAUGAACCUAAACGAUUAAUUGUUUAAUGGUAACUUUAAUAUUAAGCAUAGUUAACGUCAAGUUUUUUUGUUUAUUUUAAUAUUACAUUCCAAAUAUUUAUAACAUUUGAAAACCCAUACACUUUUGCAAUCGAUUCUAAAAUGUCAGUUUUUUUUUUUUAUUAAACACUAAUGCACAUAUUAUAUAUAUUUCCAAUUAUAUGUAGGCUUUUCAAUUAUAGAAUUAUUGGAGACAAAUAAUGCUAUUAAGACAUCAAUAGUGGAGAUUUUGAAUAUGGUAUUCAUAAUGGAUUCGUGAGUAAAUGACAAUUUGAAUGUCGGCAAAGUUGCUAGCGGAACAUUGGAAGUAAAAUUAAAGCGGAUGUAAUAAGUGAAGUGGAAUAGUGUUGCUAUAAAUAAAAAAUAAAUAAAUAAGAAAUGUUUUCAGUGCAUAAUAUAGGUGGAUAUACUAACAUAUUGAAUGGAAUAUGUAAAGUUUGUUAAUCUUUAUUCCUUCUUCAAAUGGAAUAGGCUGUAGGGCGUGUUCAUGAAAAAGUAUUUAUCAUUUUAAUAACUGAAAUGAACCACAACUUCUCUACAAGAUUUUGUUCGUGAGGACUUUGAUAAUGGCUUCUAAUGUAUGAUGGGACUGUUUCUCAUUCCAUAUAUUUAAAUAGUACAUAAGAUACUAUGCCAUUGAAAUCCAUCCAGUGAGAAUGACAAGUGUGCUAAGACAGAAUGUUGAAACUUUGUAUUGAUCUUACAUAUGGACGAUGUCCGAGAACUUGUCAAUAUAUUUCAUAUGUAAAAUUUGUUUGUUAUAAAGGCUUCAAAUGUUUUAACAUGAAAUAGCAGCUAUAUACACUUUAACUUAAUAUAAUAAUGAAACUUAAUUCAUAAAGUUUUUUAAUGUAAACAAUCUUUAUGUAGAUAAAAAUCGAAAAUAUAUAUUAUUUUCUUCUAAUAAACUAUAACGCGUACAACUCGGUAUGUGAUAGACGUGACGUCAUUAUGCGUUAGAAACGUUCACUCAAAUCGUUACGUACAGAAAUGUUGCAGUUAUACUCUAAACGCAUCCAAGGUUUCGCUUCAAAAAUUGUUUGCAAUAAAUGACAAUCUAAAUGGAAUGAAUUAUUCAGGGAUAGUGUUAUAAAUUUUUGUGAUUUGUUAGUUUUAAUGUUACGACAUUUUUGUGUCCUCUAAUUUUAUAUUUUUAUGCCGUCUGUGUUUCGAAAAAUUUCAUUAUUAGUAUUAUUUACAAAAAUACAAUUUAAUAUUAAGUCAUAAAUAUAGCGAGAAAUGUUUGUAUAUUUCUAAUAUUUAAUUUAAAAUGUCGUUAUGGGAUAGUUGAAUGAAGAAAAUACCGUAUCUAUAGCC